AUGGGGGAAGAGAACAUCACGAAGAAUGACCCGCUAGACUUGGUGAAUUUGUUAGAAAAAUGGUGUAGCGAAGAGAAUAAGGAGUAUCCUAGUCAUAUGUGGCGAUUGCGAUCAUUGAACAAUACUCCCCACUGUACUGGGACAAAGAGCUAUGCAAGGAUAACACAUGAGGAUUUAUGUGAACCAAUUUACCAUAUACAUAACUUAAAUGAGAGGCUGGAUGAGCUCAUACCAACCGACCCUGCCGCAUCCACAAGCGUCACUCAUGGGAUGGUGCGCUGGACACCGAAUGACGCGUACGCCCAGGUGAACGGCAAUAAGCCCGAGUACACUGGUAGUGCAGAGCAUGUUGUGAAUACGCCCGGUGAAGAUCUUCGUGACGACCUCAAUUGA